AUGAACGAUGAUGGACACGAAGAUAAGAGUUUGAUUUGAUUUGAAGCCUACCACAUUUCGAUGUUUUCUCUCCGGCUCCUGGACAUGCGCAGCGGAAAGGACCUCCCGACUCAGCUGUUCGCCAAUGUCCGGCAUUCCAGUGUGAGCCAUUGGACCGCCUGGCGAGUUUUGGGAGUGGCCCAUCUUCGGGUCCAAUCAUGGAGGAGCCUCUACCUAACCUACAGCAUCCUGAUGAAUCUGUUUGUGACCCUGUGCUAUCCCCUUCACCUGGGCAUGUCCCUCUUUCGGAACCGUACCCUCACCGAGGACAUCCUCAACCUGACCACCUUUGCCACCUGCACAGCCUGUUCGGUGAAGUGCCUGCUUUAUGCCUAUAAUAUCAAGGAUGUCCUGGAAAUGGAGAGACUUUUGAGACUCCUGGAUGAGCGGGUUGUCGGCCCAGAACAAAGAGGUAUCUAUGGACAGGUGAGGGUGCAGCUGAGGAAUGUCCUGUACAUAUUCAUCGGCAUCUACAUGCCCUGCGCCCUGUUCGCCGAACUCUCCUUCCUGUUCAAGGAAGAGCGGGGUCUGAUGUAUCCCGCCUGGUUUCCCUUUGACUGGCUCCAUUCUACCAGGAACUACUAUAUAGCGAAUGUGUAUCAGAUCGCGGGCAUAUCCUUUCAACUGCUGCAGAACUAUGUAAGCGACUGCUUUCCAGCGGUGGUUCUGUGCCUGGUCUCAUCGCACAUUAAGAUGCUCUACAGGAGGUUUGAGCAGGUUGGAAUGGAUCCAGCUAAAAAUGCGGAAAAGGAACUAGAGGCCUGCAUCACGGAUCACAAGCAUAUUUUAGAACUUUUUCGUCGAGUUGAGGCCUUCAUUUCACUUCCCAUGCUAAUUCAAUUUACGGUGACCGCUUUGAAUGUCUGUAUCGGCAUUGCAGCUCUGGUGUUUUUCGUCAGUGAGCCCAUGGCUCGGAUGUACUUCAUCUUCUACUCAAUGGCCAUGCCUCUGCAAAUCUUUCCAUCCUGCUAUUUUGGCACCGACAACGAAUACUGGUUUGGACGACUUCACUAUGCGGCCUUCAGUUGCAAUUGGCACAUUCAGAAUGGGAGUUUUAAGCGGACAAUUACCGGUUCCCAGGAUUUCCGUAUAAAAGAGGAGCGACUACCUCAAUGUCAAAGUUAUUGCGAAUUCGAAAUGUCAACCAUCAAUAGCCUUAGCUAUUUCCAAAGCCAUCGAUUUGUGCUGAAAGUACUCUGUUUUGAUCCUGACCAACUGAAAACCAAUAGGAAGUUUUACUUCCUUACCACCAUUGCUGUCAGUCUGAUUUUCACCUUCGGAUAUCCCUUUCACCUGGGAAUGAAUCUCUUUCGGAAUGAAACAACAAACCAGGAUAUGAUGAACUUGGCCGCAUUUCUGCCGUGCUUGGGAUCGUCUUUAAAAUUUUCCAUAUAUGCUUUGAACUACGGAAAAGUACGUCGAAUGGAAGAAUUGUUAAAGAUGCUGGAUGAGAGAGUUAUUGGAUUGAAUCAGAAGAGUAUCUAUGCCAAAGUAAGGUGGCAUUUGCGCUUAGUUCUUUACACGUUUAUUGGAGCUUACACUCCCUGUGGACUGACCGCUGCGAUGAUGUUCCUGUUUGCAGAAGAAAGAGGACUGAUGUUUCCCGGCUGGUUUCCCUUUGACUGGGGAAGUUCUUUAUGGAUCUAUUGCCUAGUAUUGUGCUAUCAAGUUACCGGCCUCUCAUAUCAACUGCUUCAGAAUUACAUAAGCGAUUGCUUUCCGUCAGUGAUCCUAUGUCUGAUUUCGUCUCACACCCAAAUGUUGUACUGUCGGUUUGAGGAGAUCGGACUGAAUUCUAUUGAGGAUGCGGAAAAAGAGCUGGAGAGGUGCAUUACAGACCACAAGAAUUUGCUGGAACUUUUCAAGAUUACGGAGACCUUUAUGUCGCUGCCCAUGGCAAUACAAUUUUCCUUUAGCGCCUUUACCAGCAGCUUUGGAAUUGCAUCACUUUUCUUUUUUGCCAAUGAGCCCAUGGUGAGGGCCUAUUACAUCUGCUAUCUUAUAGCCAUGAUAGUUCAAAUCUUUCCGUGCUGCUACUUUGGAACUGAUUCAGAAUUCUGGCUUGGACGUUUGCAUUAUGCUGCCUUCAGUUGUGACUGGAUAGGUCGGGAGAGAACCUUCAAAAGGAAGCUAAUGUUGUUCGUGGAGAGGUCCUUGAAGGGCAACAAGGCCAUGGCCUGUGGAAUGCUGCCCAUUUCGGUGGGCACCUUCUUUGCCACUUUGAAGUUUGCCUAUUCACUGUUUAUGAUCAUUUUGCAGAGGAAUUGA